AUGAAAUUCACCACUUCAGCUCUUUUUGCCGUCAUUGAGCUCGCCACUUAUGUCAAAGCCGACUCUUACGCCAACUUCUUUUCUGACACCAAUUGUAACGAGGACGGUUCUAUUGGAUUUGACAUGCACAACGAUGGCUGUUUCGUCCAAGCUGGUCGAAAAUCAGUCUACAUCCCCAACACAGGACUGAUCAACGAUCAAUUCUGUCUCGUUUCCACUGGCCCUGAUGGAAGUUGCUCAUGCCAAUCUCAAGCAUACGACUUCACAGCUACCGGAUUUUGUCACGAGUUAGACCCUACUGUUGGAUCUUAUCGAUUCAUCCACGAAUCUUGUGGAAGUGACAACUGUCCUUAA